UCAUCUAAUCAGGAGUGCGUCCAUGCUCGGGAUGAGGCUGAGCUGAAACUGGCCUCUGCUCAGCAGGGGUGGGGGACAACGACACGUCACUCUGUCUGUCCAACCCCACUGGCGUUUGACGGAACCUCUCCCCUGAGGUUAGGCUAGACUCAGAUGCAUGGUGUAAGAUGGAGCCUCUCAAUCAAUGAGCUCCAGGGUGGGGAUGUGGAAGCUGGCACAUUCCUGCUUGCAGGCUCUGACGCUCGGGUAAAUAACCUUUACGGCAGUCCCAUGGAAGAGGUCCACUGGAGAGCCCUACGGGAACACCCCAUGAUACCUUCACAAGCCCGGCAGCAGCUUUUCUUACAGGAGACAGCCAUUAGUGGGGUCUGGGGGCAGCAUGUUCAUACAGUCUAAAUGGUUAUUGUGUGAGGUGCAGUGGAUAUGGGAGGGGAUGAAAUGCAUGCCCAUUCAAGUCUAGGGAGCAACUGGCUGUCCAUAAUAAGAUCAAACAUCACAUGACUGUUAUAGUAGAUGUACACUGCUGCUUUGAACUCCAUUUGCCUUGAGAUUGUGGAUGUUCAGGUGAAGACACUCGCACAUGCACACAACACCCACUUACACAAAUAUAUGCACACUCACUUAAACAGAAGCAUGUUGUCACAUAGCAACACAUAUGUGUACACAUAUUAACACACACACUCUUUUCAAAUUUCAUUCAUCCUAUCCAUUUAGUAGGCCAUUUAAAACACUUGUGCACAAACUUUGCCUACCACACUGUGUUUCUCCUACUGAAUUCUGUCAAAAACAUAGAGAGAACCAUGAAGAUUCCCCUUCUCCAGCUCCCCACAUUACCCAUGAAUCCCCUCCAUGCUGAUGGUUAUGGUUAUUGUUUGCACUAUGAGAAACAAGUUGGUUAUGCUAAAUGUUUACCUCUCUGAUCCCCAGCUCGAUACCACUCACUUCAGUUCUUAUCUCUUCCCACCCCCGCCCCUUUCUUUCCCCUGCUGUGAAUCAGGGCCCUGAUCACUGUGUAAAGUGUUUACACUUCAAAGAUGGGCCUAACUGCGUGGAAAAAUGUCCUGAUGGCCUGCAGGGGGCGCACAGCUUCAUCUUCAAGUAUGCAGAGGCCAACAAGGAAUGCCACCCCUGCCACUCCAACUGCACCCAGGGGUGCACUGGACCCAGACUCCAGGAUUGUAUGGGAAUGAUGGACAGGACUCCCCUAAUUGCAGCUGGAGUGAUAGGUGCACUGUUUGUGGUGGUUAUCGUGGCACUCAGCGUGGCUGUGUCUGUCCGACGCAAGAGCAUAAAAAAAAAGAGGGCCCUCCGUCGCUUCCUGGAGACCGAGCUGGUGGAACCCCUGACCCCAAGUGGCACGGCUCCAAACCAGGCCCAGUUGCGCAUCCUGAAGGAGACAGAUCUGAAGAGGGUGAAGAUCCUGGGCUCAGGGGCGUUUGGCAUCGUCUAUAAGGGAAUCUGGGUGCCAGAGGGUGAGACCGUGAAGAUUCCAGUGGCCAUUAAGAUUCUGAACGAGACCACGGGCCCCAAGGCCAGUGUGGAGUUCAUGGACGAGGCGCUGAUUAUGGCCAGCAUGGAGCAUCCCCACCUGGUGAGGUUGCUGGGGGUGUGUCUGAGCCCCACCCUCCAGCUGGUGUCCCAGCUCAUGCCCCAUGGCUGCCUGCUAGAUUACGUCCACGAGCACAAGGACCACAUUGGGUCCCAGCUGUUGCUUAACUGGUGUGUGCAGAUCGCCAAGGGCAUGAUGUAUCUGGAGGAGAGGAGGCUUGUGCACAGGGACCUGGCCGCUCGCAAUGUGCUGGUCAAGUCACCCAACCACAUCAAGAUCACCGACUUUGGGCUGGCCCGUCUACUUGAUGCUGACAAGAAGGAGUACAAUGCAGAUGGGGGCAAGAUGCCCAUUAAAUGGAUGGCCUUGGAGUGCAUCCACUACAGGAAGUUCACCCACCAGAGUGAUGUAUGGAGCUAUGGGGUCACUGUCUGGGAGCUGAUGACUUUCGGAGGGAAGCCCUACGAUGGGAUCCCUACCCGUGAGAUCCCAGACCUGCUGGAGAAGGGAGAACGUUUGCCCCAGCCCCCCAUCUGCACCAUUGAUGUCUACAUGGUCAUGGUCAAAUGCUGGAUGAUUGAUGCAGACAGCAGGCCCAGGUUUAAGGAGCUGGGGGCGGAGUUCUGCAGGAUGGCCCGUGAUCCGCAGCGAUACCUAGUUAUCCAGGGUGAUGACCGUAUGAAGCUGCCCAGCCCAAAUGAAAGCAAGUUCUUCCAGAGCCUUCUGGAUGAGGAGGAGCUGGAGGACCUGCUGGAUGCAGAGGAGUACCUGGUCCCACAUGCUUUCAACAUCCCCUCACCGUCCUAUACACCCCAGCCCCAGGGCAAGCCCAGCAGGUUGAUGAACAGCAGUUUUGACACAGAGAAGUCACCCCACCUCCACACAGCAGCAGCAGUGACUCCUUCAUGCACUUCCCACGAGCCAGCAGCCACCCAGAGCACCUCCCCAGAGGACACACAUAACGGCACCCUGCUCAAGGCAGUGCCGCAGCUUGGGGAGGAGAGAGGAAUCCAGCGAUACAGUGCUGACCCCACCGAGCAUGGCACCCACGGGGAUGCCAGCGAGGACAACUACAUGACCCCAACAAAGGACAAGACCUCCUCAGCAGAUUAUCUCAGUCCUGUGGAGGAGAACCCCUUUGUCUCCCGCUGCAGAAACAGGGAGGCACAUGCACUGGACAACCCCGGGUACCAUGGUGCACCUAACGGGCAUCCCAAGGUAGAGGAUGAUUACAUAAACCAGCCCCUCUACCUCAACACCUUCCACAGCACUAGCGAGAAAGGGCAGGAGAGACAGAAGAAAACCACAGUCCCUGCCCCCCACACCACAGCCACCACCAUCACUACUGUCUCUCACACCCCCCUUCCCGCCCACACUGACCACAGCCAUCACCCUCCCCAGACAAACCACACUCCUCUAUCUGCCCAGGCAAGCCAGGCCCCUGUCUUUACCCAGGCAAGCCACACCCCUCUCCCUACCCAGGCAAGCCAGGCCCCUGUCUUUACCCAGGCAAGCCAUGUCCCUCUCCCUGCCCAGGCAAGCCAGGUGCCUGUCCUUACCCAGAUAAGCUACACCCCUCUCCCUGUCCAGACAAGCCACGCCCUUCAACCUACCCUGGGAAGCCACAACACUCACCUAGCCCAAGCAAACCACGCCCACCACCCCAGUUACCCCAGCCAAAGCAUGCACCUCACCUAUCCAUUACACACGCUCCACCCUGCCCACCUUGGGCAUGCCCUCAACCCCAGCCACACUGGCACCAUCCUGGCGGAUAAGAAGUCCAAGCAGACCUUUGACAAUCCUGAGUACUGGCAGCACAGCCUCCUGCACAGCGCUGGCGUGCAUGGGCCUGAAUACACACAGGAGUGCAGCACCAAGCUGUCCCACAAGCAGAACGGCCGUGUCCUCCCCACCGUGCCUGAGAACCCGGAGUACUUGUCCCAGCUCUCCCUGAAACCCGGUCCACUGCUACCACCCCCUCCCUACCGGCAGCGGAACACUGUGGUGUAGCGUGUUCAUGUGUGUGUGUGCACGCAUCUGUGUGUGCAUGUGCAUGUGUGUGUGUGUGUAGGGGUGAGGGGGGAUCACCAUCAGGAGAGCUGCCCUGGUCUUCUCAACCUGGUCCAGUUCCCAUACCAGCAUUAUGACACCAAUCAUUUUCUCUGCCUCUUCCUCCUCCAAGCUGCAACAAGCCACAUUCUCCCAACAUCUUUAUUAGGAUGGGGAGACUGGCGGACUUGCGUCUUCAAAUACGCACCCCAAUGACUCCAGUCCCCCAAGAAAUAAAGUGUCAGUCAAGCCUCGCCUUCUUUCUGAUCCACCAAGCCCCCACUCCCAAUCAUCAUAUCAACCUCAUCCUCUUGAAGCCACUCAAGUAAGGCCAUUCUACUGCAUUGCCAGGUAGAACUGGAUUCACUCUCCAUCCUUUACUGGUAGGGGUCUGUGAAUAGUGUGAAGAGUUCCAAGCAGUAUGGAGGAAAACAAUAUGGCAUAACCUUGUGAGAACUCUCAUUCUAUAUUCAAUAUCCAUUGUCUAUAAGUCUGACUCUGUGUCAACGCUUACUGCGGAAUCUUAUGUACAGGAUGGUACAAGGUACAGGGUGACAAUUCCAAGGUAGCGAGUGCUGUUGAGUAUAUUUUUGACCUUACAUGUCAAUCUAUAGAGCAAGUUUUUUUUUUCUUUUUUUACCCAUAAUCCAUAGUAAGCAGACUUGCACUGGUACCUGGCACAGUUCUCUAUGCCACUCUAUAGAACAGUCUUUCACAUUCAGUUUCUUAG